AUGCCCGUCACCUCCUCUAUUGCGUAUGGACCACUUCUGAGGACAGAACCGGUUGAUGGCAUACACUGCAGUCUGCACAAGGAGCAUAUUUAUGUACUCCUGUGUCAGUUCGACGGCGUCAAUUUGGACAG